AUGCUAGCGUGGGUCGUGGCAUAUGCCGCGCUUGCGCUAGUUUUCCUUGCUGCGCCAAGUAGUGCUAUUGGCGUUGUGAGUAUUGACUAUGGCACGGAGUGGAUCAAGGCUGCGCUCGUGAAGCCAGGCAUGCCAUUUGAUGUGGUCCUGGGCCGCGACUCGAAGCGCAAGGUGCAGGCUAGCGUGGCAUUCAAGGGCAAGGUGCCUUCGGACGGGCGCCUCGAGACAAUGGAUCGUCUCAUCCGAAUCCCACUGCAGAGUUACCAUGCAGCGAAGCUCUUGCUUGGCCAGUCGUGUGAGCAGGGCGAGUCGCCCGCUGUGUCGCAGUACCGUGCUGUGUACGGCAACAUAGUGAAGCCACUUCCUGAUGAGCUCGAGUCUGGUUCGACGUGCGUGGUUUUUCCAAGCGAGGACUCGACGGCCUUUUGGCGCCCGGAAGAGCUUGUAGGCAUGCAGCUCGAUCACAUGCGCGAGCUAGCGGAGGAAACGUCUGGUGAGCUUCUGAGCAUCGGUCGCGACUUUUCCUCGCUCUUCCAAGCGGCCAACGGCCUUGACACUGUCAUUACUGUGCCUGUGUUCUACACGUUGCAUGAGCGCGAGGCCUUGCUCGAUGCGGCAGUCCUGGCUGGCUUCCGACCGCAUCUCAUCAGCGAUGCGGCAGCGGCGGCCGCGAGCUAUGCACACAGCCGCAUCAUCCGGAAGACGGAACGCUACAUCUUUUACGAUGCUGGCUCGGGCGCAGUGCGAGCGACGCUGGUGGAAAUCGGGCCAGCGCCCAACAACAAGCGCUCUGAUGCGAAUCGCGUGACGAUCGUCGAUGCCGCGUGGGACCGUCUCGCUGGUGGCCUUGCGAUGGACAUGCUCAUCCGUGACAUGCUCGCUGAUGCAUUCGUCAAGGAAAACCCAUCCCAUGCAUCUGUGCGCCAAAAUAUGCGUGCCAUGGCACGUCUCUUGCGCGAGGCAAACAAGGUCAAGCAUGUGCUGUCGGCGAAUGCCGGUGCUGCAGCCAAUAUCGAGGGCCUUGUCGACGACAUUGACUUGCGCACGUACAUUGAGCGUGAGCAGUUUGAAAAGCGCAUGAAGGAGGCUGGCCUGCUCCAGCGGUUCGGUGCGCCAAUCGAUGAGUUGAUGAAGCGCACAAAACUGUCGUGGAAUGACAUUGCGUCGGUCGUCCUGGUCGGUGGCACCACGCGCGUGCCGUCGGUACGUGCCGAGCUCAUGGCACGUGGCGUUCCCCAGCAGAAACUCGCGCAAAACGUGAACGCUGACGAGGCAGCUGUCAUGGGUGCUGCCUUGGCUGUGGCCAGCACGCAGCCGCAGCUGCGUAUGAAGCCCGUGGAAGUCGUCGACGCCAUGAUGUACGCGGUGAACAUCAAGGUGCAGGGUCGUGACGAGCCGGUAUUUGCAUCUGGUCCUCAGGUAGACAACGUGUGGAACAAGACGUUGCAUGACGUGCAUUCCAACGUAGAGAUGCACCUGUACACGCCGACGCUCGACCGCCUGGAGAUGGGCGACUCUGACGCGCUGCGGAAGGUCGUUCUGCAGGGCGUCGAUGACGCUUUGGCGGACUUGGCGAAGACGACGGACCUCAAGACGCUGAAGACGACGGUCAACUUUUCUCUGGCGCAUGAGCCAGUCGGUACGAUCCUCGUCAAGAAUGCACUGCUGACUGUGGAGCCGCCCAAGACCAUGACAGACUCGCUCAAGUCGUUCUUCGGCAUCAACGCCAGUGAGCCGCAGAAUGGAACGAACGCCGCACCUGUGGAGCGUCGGAUCCCGUUGUUCCCGAACUCGACAUCGACGGGUCUCGUGAGUCCGCUGGCCGGCAUGGAGAAGGCCAAGUCAUUUGAGCGGCUGCGCCUGAUCGUGUACGAGGCCAAGCAACGUGCUCUUCGCGACACGGCCUUCAACGAGCUUGAGGCGGCUGUGUAUCAGGCACGGGACAUGAUCGGCGACACGUCGCUCGACGCUGCGCACACGAAGGACGAGUCGGAGCGUGUGCUCGAGAAAGUGAAUGCACUGAGCGCGUACCUCAUCGAGGAAGCGGACAAGGCCGACGCCAAGGCGCUGAACAAGAAGAAGAGCGAGCUUGCCUCGCUGACGGACCCGAUUCAUCGCCGCAUGUCCGAGGCAGAGAGGCGGCCGGAGGCUGUGAAGAGCAUGCGUCUGUCGCUCAAGAGUGCGAUGGUGUUUGUCGAUGAUGCUCGCACCAACCUGACUGAGGCCGUGAAGCAGCAAACGGGCAGCAAGUACACGGCGGCUGAGCUCGACACGCUCGAGGCUCAGGCUCGCAAGGAGGCGGUCUGGCUCGAAGAUGGCGUCAGCGCACAGUCGAAGCGGCAGCUGAAUGAGAACCCCGUGAUCCUCGUGGAUGAUAUUCUUGCACGGGAAAAGAAGAUUCUCGAUAGUGUCAAGCGGCUGAGUCGCCGCCGGGCUCCCAAGACGCGUCCCAGCAACAAAAACAGUGGCAGCGGACGUGCCAGUGGCAGCACCAAUGCGAACACAAACACGACCUCGAACGCGACCGCGAACGGGACGGCAUCCUCGUCUAGCACGUCGUCAAGCCCAGUGUCUAGCUCGAGCGCUAGCACCAGUAGUGGCGCUCGCACCGACUCCACCAGCCGUCCGAACGUGUCACAGGCGUCGUCGGCCCAAAACAACGCUUCGAAUACGCCGGCGUCGGCGUCGGCGUCGGCGUCGACCUCCACAUCGUACGUACCCGUCCACGACGAUCUGUAG